AUGCCCGUCAAAUGGCUUUUGCAUUGGCAACCAAAUCAGGGAUCAACAUUUAGCAGCCAAAUCCUAAACGAAGUAACACAAAGCAUAGAGAGUCUCAAUGGCGUCAAAGAGGGAACAUGGAAAGCCACUCUCAACUAUUACAAACCCAUGUUGCAAGAUCAGGCGAAUCAAGCUGAGUUCCCGCGUGAAUUUGUAGGAAUUUCGCUUCCGGAGGAGCCAGAUAAGUACUAUUUCGUCAUCAGGUCGCAAAGGAUCGUCGUGGAAGCAGAUUCUUCAAUUCAAAUGAUCAUGGAGAGCCUUCAGUCUUACAAAUGCAAACUCUCGUUUUACUUUGAAGGGCUUGAGUAUCAACUUGGGGAUUUUCGUUUGAGAGUUGGUAAAGUUGUUCCUACUCAUGCUGAGACCAUUAGAGGCGUAGUCAUGGAGGUGGAGUAUCUUCCUAUAUCAUCAAUGGGAAUGGCAAAAAAAUUGAUGGAGGAGUUCUUGGAGAUAUGGCAAGAAGCUAUGUCGAAAAGGUCGUUGCCGGGUAAGUUUGUGAACAAAGAACUCAACUUUGAAAAGUUUGGACUUGGAGACAACUACACUCCGCAACAUACCGCUGUUGGAUAUGCUUUCUUCAUGGCUAAUUUGAUGGCAGCAAUUCAAGCUGGGAGAGGCUAA